UGUUAUUGUUUGCCCGCAGUCAGAGACAGCGAGCGGCGUCAGUCGCAUUUUUCUUUGCAUUUUCUUAAAAUUUAAUUGUUAAAUUCUCUGAUUUCCCUGCGAUAUUCGGUGUUAAACAAUAAAACCAUGUCGACACCCAAUUUCGAGUCCUUGCUGAAGCUGUUCACGGACACCCUCAACAAGGCGUACAAAGUGAACGACAUCGAUCAGCUGAAGGCAGAGUACGACGGUCAGAAGGCCCCCGUCUCGGACAACGAUAAGAAGGCCGCCCUGCAUCAGGCGUUCCGCAAUCUGCUGCUCACGAAAACCGAUGACAUUCCGGCGAUCGAAGGUUUUAUCAACUUUGCGGUGGGAGCUUGCCGGCUGGAGAUGACCUCGGCGACCAUUCCGGUGGUGCUGCUGGGGGACAUCUUCGAUGCGGUGACGCUGGACAAGUGCGAGCAGAUCUUCACCUACGUGGAGAACAAUGUGGCGAUCUGGAAGGAAGAGUUGUUCUUUACGGCUUGCAAGCACAACCUGCUGCGGAUGUGCAACGAUUUGCUGAGGCGGCUGUCGCGGUCGCAGAAUACGGUUUUCUGCGGUAGGAUUUUGCUGUUUCUGGCGAAGUUCUUCCCGUUUAGCGAGCGAUCCGGACUGAACAUCAUUUCGGAGUUCAAUUUGGAGAACGUGACCGAGUACGGUGUGGAGGGAAGCGAGAUGGGCGAUCAGCUGGAUGGAUUCGAGGAAAACGGAGGAGCGGCGAAUCAGCUGAAGAUUGACUAUAACUUGUACUGCAAGUUUUGGGCCCUGCAGGACUUUUUCCGGAAUCCGAACCAGUGCUACAACAAGGUGCAGUGGAAAAUGUUUGCGGCGCACGCUGGAAGUGUCCUCUCGGCGUUCAGCAGCUUCAAGUUGGAGGAACCUCGGUCAGCUUCCAGCAGUACCAGCAUAAGCGGUAGCAAAUCUGGAACCACAUCGAUGGACAUCCCCCCGGAGGAGCAAAUCCGUGACUCGGGACACUUCUUCGCCAAAUUCCUGACCAAUCCGAAGUUACUUUCGCUUCAGCUGUCCGAUUCGAACUUCCGGAGGUCGGUUCUAGUGCAGCUGUUGAUUCUAUUUCAGUAUUUGAACUCAACGGUCAAGUUCAAAGCCGAUAAUCACCUGCUGACCCAGGUGCAGAUCGAUUGGCUACGGGAAACCGAGACUACGGUUUAUAAGCUGAUCGAGGAAUCUCCCCCAAAUGGGAAGAAGUUCUCGGAUUCCGUUCGGCACAUGUUAGCCCGAGAAGAGCUGUGGAACAGCUGGAAGAACGAAGGAUGCAAGGAAUUCAAACGUCCGGAUGCAGCUGCCUCAGCGGGAGCAACCACAGGAACCAAUGCUACCGGCGAAGACCUGUCGCCACCGGUUCGUCUACCUCAGAAGCGUCCUCGAAAGCCACUCGGUGAUCUGAUUCGGGAUUCUACCAAACAGGGGAAGUUCUUCAUGGGCAAUCCGGAACUGACUCGGCUGUGGAAUACUUGUCCGGAUAAUCUACAGGCUUGUAAGGGCGACGAUCGUAACUUCUUACCCUCGCUGGAAGCCUAUCUGGAUGGAUCCAAAGAAAAACAGGAUCCAUCGUUCGAGUGGAGGGCGCUGCGCCUGUUAGCUCGCCAAUCUCCGCACUUCUUCACGCUUUUCAACAGCCCAUCGUACAAAGUGGCCGACUAUCUGGAGAGCGUGCGGAAGAAGAUUCAAAAGGACAAGGUGGACAUCAAGCAGGAAGUGGUGAUGCAAGAGGACGUCCCGUCGCAGAACGAGAAUGAACAAAACGAAGCGGAAGGCGAGGGAUUCGUCGGGGAAGAGGAAACCGAUCAGAUGGAUUCGGAACUGCUGAAAACGGAACAGCUCACACCGGAGGACAAAAAUACCCACAAAACCAUUACCGUGACGAAGGCGCAGAUGGCCGAGCUGGCACCCAGCAUCGGGAAGGACUGGAAGAAGCUCGCGACCAAGCUGGGUUACAACGGGGACGAGAUUCAGUACUUCGAGUCGGAGAACCCAACCGUGGCGGAUCAGUGUCGGCACCUGUUGCAGGUGUGGUUCGAAGACGACAUGGAUGCCAGCCUGGAUCAGCUGGCGUACAUCCUGGAGGGGUUGGAGAUGCUAACGGCGGCCGAAGCGGUCAAGCAGAUGAUUGCCUCGCUGAGCGAUGACAAAGUAGAGGAAGUUUCCGAUUAGCGUGAGUAUAAAACAUUAGGGUUAACAUAGAAAUAGAAAUCGAAGUUCUUUUUCGUGAAACUGA